AUGUCGAGUCCUGGUGAGAAACCAUUGAGUUCCUCCAGCUCAUUUCAAUUUGUUGAUAGUCCCAACUAUACUGAAGUCGGGAAACCACCACACCGCACAGACACGUUCAAUGUUGUCAUUUGCGGAGAAGCCGGAUCUGGUAAAAGUUCCUUGGUAAAUUUGAUCGCUGGGACGAACAUAGCAGUGACAUCCUCCGAUGCUGGGGGAUGUACAGCUGGAACCAAUGCGUACGAUAUUACGAUGACUCGAGACGAGACAUUUAAGGUAAAGCUUGUCGAUACAGCUGGUCUGGACGAGGGCCCUCGAGGCACAGUCCCAGAUAAGGAAGCUCGCAGAAUUUUGAGGAAACUCCUUCGAACUCUGACGGAGCAAGGCAAUAUUCAACUCGUCAUGUACUGUGUGCGGGGCGAGAGAGUGGUUCGGACACUCCGCCGGAAUUACGAGUUAAUUCGCUCCCAAGUAAAGAAGAAGAAAGUUCCAAUUGUCCUUGUCGUCACAUGUUUGGAAUCGUAUAAACCAGAGAUGGAAGACUGGUGGGCAGUUAACGAGCGAACCAUCUCAAACCUCGGGAUGACCUUCGCCGGCCACGCAUGCAUCACUACGGAGACAAUGACAUCUAUGUACAUGCGCCGCGCCCAGUCAUACGACGCUGUCUGCAAGCUCAUUGAGCAGCGUUAUUUGUCGAAUAACACAGGGAUUCACACUGAAUCAUCGCGAGGCACUAUUCACAAUGUCCUGAGGACCAAGCGUAACACCAUUGUAGUCUUUGGGGAGACCGGGGCAGGCAAAAGUUCGCUUAUCAACCUCAUGGCGGGAAAUGACGUAGCAGGCACAUCCUGUGGCAUUGAAGCCUGCACGACGCACUGGAAAGAAUAUCCCCUCGAAUUCGAUGGCGAACCUUUUAAGUUAUUCGAUACCGUCGGACUCGAUGAACCACAGCUAGGAAUCCCACAGUACUUCGAUGCCGUCGAGAAUGCCUAUAACCUCAUUCAGAAAUUGGAGAGAGAAGGCGGCAUUGAUCUUCUUCUGUUCUGCAUGCCAGCAGGCAGACUCAAAAUUAUGCAUCAACGCAAUUACCAGCUCUUUCGCCAUUUCCUCUGUUAUAAGAAGGUUCCCAUCGUCCUGGCGAUCACAAAUCUUGAAAGAGAGAAGAAGAACAUGGAGAGCUGGUGGACGAGAAACCAAGAAAUCUUCCGUAAGAAGAAGAUCCGUGUCGAUGGUCAUGCUUGCAUCACCGCCAUCGAAGACGAUCAUGAUCCAACCUUCCAAAAAAAAUCACGCGACGCGAUCUGGGACCUUGUCAGGAAUGUCGCUGCCGAUGGGCAGAAGCGAGCACAGAAGGGAGGAAACGACUUGUUCGUGUCGUUGAUGCCGCUUGCGGGAAAUGGGAAUUUACGUGUGGGGAAGGAUAUUGUCUCCCGCCUCACCAAGCGCUGCCAUAUGCCUCCAGAAGUCGCAAAAGAGAUAGCUGGUAGGAUCAAGAAAGACGUGGUAGAAGGAGCUUCUGGACAUUGA